UAUAUGCUUUGUCGGCCUCCUCGCUCGUACCGUCAGUUUUGCUAACCGACACCUGCGACAGCAAACACUUUUAUCGAGCUUUUUGUUUUACCCGUGUUAUUAGAAUGGCUGUAGCUGAAGACCGGGCCUCCUGCUAACGCGUUUUAUGUGGAUGGACUCGGUCAUGUUGCCUCCUUCAGAGAAACUGCCCGGUUCAGGCUGAGUUUUCGGCAUGACAGGGAUGAAGAUAGACCUGGAACAAGUGCUAAUACAUAUUUUUAAAUCAUCAGAUAUCAAUCUUAUUACCUUGCUGUCAAGACUUCCAAUAGAGAUUUUCAAAUGAAAAUGGAGGAUAUGCCCCUCUCAGGCCCAGACAACACCAGGCUGGAGGCCCUGGCCCAUGACAUCUACUCUGAGCUGGUGGAAGAUGCCUGUUUGGGCCUGUGUUUUGAGGUGCAUCGUGCUGUUAAACAGGGCUAUUUCUUCUUGGAUGAAACGGACCAAGAGAGCAUGAAGGAGUUUGAAAUUGUGGAUCAACCAGGAGUGGACAUAUUUGGGCAGGUGUACAAUCAGUGGAAGAACAAAGAGUGUGAGUGUCCCAACUGUAAAAGAUUAAUAGCAGCUUCUCGCUUUGCUCCGCAUUUGGAGAAAUGCCUCGGCAUGGGACGCAACAGCAGCCGCAUCGCCAACCGCAGGCUAGCCAGCAGUAAUAAUAUGAGCAAAUCAGAGAGUGAUCAGGAAGACAAUGAUGACCUUAAUGAUAAUGACUGGUCGUAUGGGGCUGAAAAAAAAACCAAGAAGAGAAAGUCAGAUAAGAGUCAAAAUUCCCCAAGAAGAUCCAAAUCCCUGAAACAUAAAAACGGUGAGCUUGGAAGUGGCGUCGGUGCCGAAUCUUACAAGUACAACUAUAAUACUGGCAUCAGUUAUGAAACCUUGGGCCCCGAUGAAGUCAGAUCCCUUCUAACGACGCAAUGUGGGGUGAUAUCUGAGCACACAAAGAAGAUGUGUACCAGGUCUCAGCGAUGUCCCCAACACACGGACGAACAGAGGAGGGCCGUCAGGGUGUUCCUCCUGGGGCCGUCCGCGCCAACGCUGCCUGAUGCAGAUGCUGUGGAGACUGACAGCUUUGACAUUCCAGAUGCACAACCCUUAAUGAGCCGCCUGCAGUGGGAGGACUCUGAUAUUUCACCUACUGAUUCUGCUUCAUCUAAAGCCAGCACCAACCAUUCAGAUUCUCGGAAGCCCAAGAAAAAGAAGAAGCCAUCUCUUCCAUUGAACAGUGGAGGAGGGGGAAGUGGGAGUGGAAGCCUGGCUGGAGGCGGCGGCAGCAGCUCUCAGAGUAAUAUCAGUAUAUCGACCAAAAAAAAGAGGCCCAAACUCUCAGCACCUCCUAUUUCAAGUAUCUAUGAUGAUUUAAACUAGCAUAGGCCAAUUUGUCAGACCAGCCCUCGCCUCCUCUUAUUAAGUCCCUUCUUUCACACCAAGCUUUAAAGGUCUGAGCAGAAUGGGAUGAAACUUGACUUAGAAGUUCCUUAGUAAUCAUUUGGCCUUGAUAACUGAGGCAUCUACAUUUAAAGAUUUAUCCUUCCUGAAUUAUGAACACAGAGUUUAAGAAUUACGGUCAGAGUCCAGUCAGAGUAUCUGCAGUAACGGAUUGGCUCGCUUCCAGUGUAAAACAGAAUUUACUUCUGCUAUACACGUAAUUUACGACAUAUAUUUGUCUUCAGCUGAUAUCGAGGAGGACUUAAUGCAUUCGGGUGACGCUUUGUGUGGCGUCACCCGAAUGCAUGAGAAAAUUGUAAAGUAGUGAAAGUAGAUUAUUUGAACCAAAACAUAAUUUUAUGCAGCAGUGUUAACACUUCUCUUCAGUGGAAUAUUUAGGUUUAUUAAAAACAGCCACAAAGAUGUGCGCAUACUUUUUGCUAUGUAUAGGUAGCCAAAUUUUUAGAGCUUGUUUAUUUAAGAUAUAGAAAUAAAGAACACGUUACCCAUGUACCAAAGAUGGCGACCUGGCUUCAGUGCCACUCCUUUGUUGCAUGUCAUCCUCGCUCUUGCAGCCGAUCCUUUGAAAUAAAGGCAAAAAAAGCUUAGAAAUAAAUCUUUGAAAAUAAAUGAACCACUUGUGGGUAAAUGAUAUCUCCUGUGCUCUAAAUUUUAUUUUACGGAGGGCCUUGAAGUUACAAAAGACAUCAAUAAUAAGACCACCUGGAUUCAUACAAAGCACUGCAAUGUCCUGGAACUGAAAAAAACUUUCACUACCAGCUUGUGGUCUGAAAAGUUGAGAUUUUUUUCUUCUUUAAGUUUGACUUAAAUUGAAAGGCCUUAAAUUCUAAAACCUUCAGAUACUCUGUCAUUGGUGAGCCUGUGAUCGGCCCGUCUUCUUGGACUUUGUGUUCAGACUCAGUCGUAAGGACACGUUCAACACUUGACACACAUAUACUGGAGUACUCAUCAGUGGCUUUUUAAUUCUAGCAUUGUAUUGCACAGUCGUGUGUGUGUGGGUUUGUGUGUCUGUAUGAUGAUUUGCAUUUAGCGUGAAUGUCAAUUUAUGUGCGUGCGUGCCUGUGUGUAAGUGUGUGUGUAAUCAUUCUUUUCACAAAACUAUGCAUCCUAGAAUGUGACUCUUGUGAAAGUAUGUGUGUCAUUUGGAAUAUUUAACUCGUUUACAUUAACGGUAUAUUUAAGUUUGUAUUUGUCACUGCCUUUGUGGUGAUGUGCAUAUUACUUGUGUGUAAAUGCAGAUUUUGAUAUUUGAUGAGCCAGUAGGCUUUUGGGGCACAUGUACAGUACAUGUAUGUUUGACAUAAAUCAUGAAUUCAACGUUUAUUUGUUUCCUCCUUAGAAAGCCUUGUCCUGUGUGCUUUCACUCACUUUGCUUGUAGAUUACAUUGUAAAAGUAGAUCAGCCCAGCAGUUCAGCUUGUUGUUAAUGACCAUGAGCGAUAAGGCUGCAUUUUGUAAGCUUGUAACCAACAGUGUCUGAUGUAAAUUAUGAGGUUUAUUACAUAUUGUAGAUGCCAAAGUCCUGUACUUUUCAGGUCUUGGAGAAGAAUUUGUUUUUCUUCUAAAUUGGAAAUUGCUCACCCAAAGACUUUAUGCAGUUUUUAUAGUGGAAUCUGAAGUGCAAAUCCAGGAUGCUUUAUUUUAAUCAGGAUUUCAUAAAGAGGGAAGGUAAAGUUGACCUAUUCUGUUUAUUCUUAUUUUAUUUCGUGUAUAUUGAAUGUUCAUAUUAAACAUGGGGAAAGUUGCCAAUGUGCCAGACGUAAGCACCUGCGAUUCAUCAAGAGGGGAUAUCCUUAGUAUGGUCAUCUCAAGCACACAGCUGUCCCACCCACCUAUAGUUAGAACCUUCUGUUUGCAGGAGGCAACCAACCAGAAAUCAGUCAAAGGAGCUAAAUUCACUUAUUUCAGAUAGAGGAUGAAAUGUGGGGCUUUAACUGUCAACUGUUAAUCAUACGAAGAAUAAGAAUGUGGAGUUUGAAAUGAGGUCAACCCAUUGAUUUACUUAAUAGUUUAAGUAACCCCUGUUUUAAACCAGUCAUUUUAAUUUAUUUUUUCAUUAUUUGCACUUUUUUGUUGCAUUUUCAUAUAUACCUUUCAUGAGGUUGGACAUUUUUGUGACUUUGUCUUACUAAAAGGCCCUCGGAGAGAGAAUUUUGGCACUUUUGUCCAAACUCAUUUUUUGUUACAUUUUUUAUUUUUUAACAUCAGCGUAAUUGGCAGUGUUUUGAAGAUACAAUCAUGUCUCUUUAUGAAGGCAUUCUUGAUGCUUUUGGACCAACUAUUUCCAAGAAAUAGAACAGAAAGCGAUCUCGACAUCUGCAACCGCGAGGUGCUGCAUGUACCAGACUGUUUGGUGGAUUAAUGAUUGAUGCUGAUUAAGGGUUCACAUUCACCAGGUUCUCUAUUUUUAAGCAUUUGUUCAAGUUUUGAGGGUCAUGUAAUACAAUCCUUAAAGUCAAGUGCUUUCAAUUUUCUCUCGCAAUCGUGACAAUCUGCCAAAACCCGAUUUUGUACUUUUUCCCUAUAUUUCUGACUGUGCCCAGUUGAAUCUGUCCAGUAAAAUCUUGCUAUGUGCACUAAUGUUAAAUGAACUGUUAGAGAUAAUUUGGUAACUAUGAUCCAAUGGUCAUGGCACUGUUUGUGAAUAAGGGUAACUGCUUGUGGUUUAUUUGUGGCUCUUUGUGUAUUUCUGUGCUGUAGAAGUGCAAUGACAAAGAAAGCAAUGUUGUGACUUUCCUUUUUUUCCAUGCACAAGCACAAAUAAGUGCAUGUGUGCACGACUUGUAUCUGAACACAAUGUGAUACAUAAAUUAUUUUUCUUUUUUUUUUCCACUGCCAUGCAUACUGAUGUUUGUAUAUAAAUAAACACCGAUACCAUGAGA